CGUCUUUUAGUCUAACCGCUGUCCGCUGUACGCCUGUACGUCUCGUACCACCAGUCACCACUCACCGUCGUAACCGUUCACGAAUUUUUAUUGUUCGGUCGGCGAGUGGCCAAACGUUAUCUGCGUAUUCCGAUCGUCGAGUUGCAUUAAAUUUAUACGUUUUGCGAUAUUCGAUCUCGGCGAUUAGUAUGUCGUUCCGUCGGUCCGUUUGACGUGUUGUCCGACAUAAGCAAAUCGUACGUUACCAUAGUCACAGGCUGCCUACGUGAUAUACCUAGUCAGUCCACGUAGUAUAAAUAAAUUAAUCAUUGCGUAUAAUAAUUGUUUGCGUCGAACGGAGACGAAAAAUAUGUUGCCGUGAACCGGACUCGACACUUCAACUGCAGCCGCCGUCCGACUGACCGCCAACGACACCGAGGCCGAAGCGAAACUUUUGUUGCCAUCCAGAACAUACAAAAUGUCGAUACGUGAUUUAGUCGAAAGUGACUGCGGUGGUUCCAAUUCUUUAGUUAAAUUAUCCACGCAUUUCUUGCAAGACCACGCAUUUAAGGAUCAAGACCUUAAACAAUCAACUCAAACUGCAGAAAACAGCGAUCAACGUUUUUUAGAAUCAAGCACAGGAGAGUUGGCCGAUCAAUUUUUUAGUUCUGUGGAAAAUGAUACUUUUAAAAUGGAUGACCUUUUAACUGACAUGAGAAGCAUCGAAGGUAGUAGUCGUGAAAAUGCCUGGCCGACUCAAUUUACAAAAAAAUUUGAAAAACCGGACCAGCUGUUUGAUCCUAACAUUUGGAGCUCUAGAGACAAUAAAAUGCUUAUUAAAGAUGAAGUUGAUGAUUUUGGUUAUAAUUCUGAAUGGGUAAAAGAAAUAGAGCAAUCUUAUCAGAACCAGGAGAUUAAUGAUAUGAAAUCUCGUUUUGAUUUUGAAAAGAUUAAAGAAAAUGUAAUCAUCUUGGAUGACACCGUUUCAAGUGAUAAUUUUUUGGAAUCACAAAAUAAAAUGUCCAUUGAAAAUAGUAUUGGUAUGCCAAUCAAUAAUUUUGGAAUUGAGUUGUAUGGAAACCCGUUACUUGCCAAUCAAAAUUUUCAGCAGUUUAGAGGAUUUGGUCAGGGAUGGGACAUUAAUAAUUUAUCAAAUACAAUGAUACCUAGUACAUCAAGAAUAGACGAACCAAUUAUGGUUGCAGGGGGAUCUUCGAGUUUGGCUAAUCGAGUGGUCGAAACCAACGAAAGUGAAAGUAAUACCGAAAUUAGAAAUGAUCAGUCCAACUUCCAAUCGUUGUAUUCUGAAUUUGAGGAAAUGAAAAACGCCGAAAGAAAACAAGAAUAUACUUUUACACCGGACAAUGAGAUGGACUCUAUAGAAAAUCCACUGGCUGAGGGAAAAAGGCGUUUAGAAAAUGGUGAAUUACCAUCAGCUGUUUUGUGCUUUGAAGCUGCUGUUAAACACGACCCUUCUAAUGCAGAAGCUUGGCAACUUUUAGGUACUACUCAAGCUGAAAAUGAACAAGAUCAGCUAGCUAUAAAUGCGUUAAACAAAUGUCUUGAACUUCAACCAGAAAAUUUGACUGCUAUACUUUGUUUAGCGGCAUGUUACACAAAUGAAAGUUGCAGUUUACAAGCUUGUCGUAUGCUUAUGGAAUGGUUAAAUCAAAAUCCUAAAUACUCGGACAUUGUGAAAUCAAAAUACACAACUGAAUACUUGUUAACAAUAAAAAUGAAUUAUAUGUUUACUACAAAAUUAUAUGAAUCUGUAAAAAACAUGUACAUAGAAGCAGCUCAAAGGAGCUUAGAAUCAGGAGAUAUAGAUGUAGAUGUCCAAAAUGGAUUGGGCGUACUGCUUAAUCUUAAUAAUGAGAACGAUAAAGCAGCUGAUUGUUUUAAAGUUGCUCUACAAAUCAGACCUAAGGAUGCUCGUUUGUGGAAUCGCUUGGGCGCAACUAUGGCUAAUGGUGGUCGAUGUGAAGAAGCCAUAGAAGCAUAUCACAAUGCUUUACAAUUGUGUCCUGGUUUUGUAAGGGCUCGUUAUAAUCUAGGAAUUACUUGUAUUCAUCUUGAUACAUACAGGGAAGCAAUAGACCAUUUGUUAGAAGCGUUGAACCAACAAGCAUCAGCUGUGAGUACAACUUGUCAAAGUCCAGCCUUAUCAGAUACUAUUUGGAGCACAUUACGUCUGGCUAUUUCAAUGGCGGAACGUCCUGAACUAUUUAAAGCUGUUAAUGAAAGGAAUUUAGAUUUAUUAAAUGAAGAAUUCCGUAAUAGAGGAUUAUACCAAAGUUCAUAAUAUUCUAAAUUAAUAUUAAAUGUAAAGAAAAAAGUAUGUUGGUCUUGUUAUAUUUUAUUUUAUUGUUUUUGAAUAGGGAUAGUAAUUUUUUUUAAAGCAUAAAAAUGUAUUUGAUUUUUCUGUUUGUUUAAUGUUGACUAGUAUUUAAUUUUUCUCCACAGUUUUAUUUUUAGUAUGGGUAUGGCUUUUAAAUUUGUAUCAAUAUAAUAAAUAAUAAUAAUUAUCAUUAAUUUAAAAUUUGACAUUCAUGUCUAAAUAAUUGUUGAAUUUUUUGCUCAAAUUAUGUUAUAGGUACUUAUAUAAUAAUUAAAUUUGUUUAUAGUUUUCAAUAAAUCUACCCAUGUAAUAAUUAAAUAAAAAGCAAAUUAUGUAUUAACAAUUUUUAUAUAUUUUAUACCUAGUUAUUAAAAUUUAGGAGAAAUAAUACGUUUUAAACGUGUUCAGUAUUUAGUUUAAACUAUAUAUACAUACAUGGUAAAAAUAUUUAAAUAUAAAUAUUGCCAAUAUUUGAUAAGAUGUGAGUAUUUAUUUCUAAUAAAAUUAUAUUUUUAUAAUUUUUAUGUUUGUGUUAAUGCUGAAUUUAUUAAUAUUUAAUACCUAGUGAUAGUUUAUUAUUUUAUAUAAGUUGAUUAGUUUACUCAUGUAAUUGUUGAAGGGCAAUAUAGAAUUAUAAAAAACUAUUUAGUUUAUAUAGUACCUACCUCAUUAAGUUAGUUAAAACUGUUAAGAAAAUAUGUGGGUCACUGUAAUGGAUUGUGUUAAAUUUGAAUUCAAUGAUAUAAUAUCAUUGUGUAAGAAAAACGAUUCUGAGUGAAGACAGUCAUAUGAUAUUAGUAUAUUACUAAAUACCUUUAAUAUUAGCACUACUAUCGCACUUAUGUAAAAAGAAAAUUGUAUGUAUAUUAUCAAUAGGCUUAAAUAGCUUUUCCAGCUAGGAACGCCUUAAUAAAAAAAAAAAAAAACUAAAUACCUAUAUUUGAUGAUAUUAUUGUGAAUAAAGUAAUUUAUAUAAUAUAACCUAUUUACAUGGAACUUUGUUAUUUUAUACAUUUUAAGCUUAGCAUUUUAGAUUCUGAGCGGAGUAAUGAAUGUAUUGGUUUUACAAUGAUGUGUGUUUUUUAAAAAAAUAUAUUUUGUGUCUAUAUGUACACGAUAAAUAGUCGAAAUAAUGUUUCGAUUUUCGACUUCGGUAUCUUGUUUGAUGGGAGAGUGAAUAGUAUUUGUGUAAUGGAGAGCUCAAAAUUCCCAGUAAUUUUCAAAAGCGCCGUGAAAAACAAAAGAAAAAUUAUUGAAAAACUGGAAUUUUUUUGGUGUAACUCUAAAAUGACCUUAAAGAAAUUUUUACUGAAUGGUUUAUAUUAGCAUUUUGAAAUAUUUUGAGCUGUUUCGGAUAUUUUCAGUUUCCAAUUUUUUUAAUUUUUAUCUAUAAAUAUCAAUUAAAUGUUAUUUGUUUGGUAAAAAACUUGAAAAUUUAAUAGAAGGCUCCUGAUAUAUUGUUACAGUAGCAGUUGAUAAAUAUUAAAUAAAUACUAAGUCACAAUAUUUUUAUUUACGCAUUUAAAGUUUCUAUUUUUGAGAACAUUUAUUAAAUUUCAAAACGAUUGUGUAGUUAAAAAUGUAUAAAAUGUUCAAAUGUUAACGAUUGACAAUUUAAAACACUAUUCCCCACAAAUUGAUAAUUACUUUAUUCACAAUAAUAUCAAUUAGUAUACUUAGUAAUAUAUCAUAGGCUGACUAACCAUUUUCACUCAAAAACGUUUUUCGUACCUAUAGGUACAAUGAUAUUAUAUCGUUGAGACGUUGAAUUCAAAUUUAACACAUCCAUUACAGCGACCCAUUUGAUGCGCUAACUUGCGGUACCCACUUGCCCAACCAAAAAUGUUUGUAAAUUAAAAAUAUUUGUACCUGUUUUAUAUUGUAUGGAUUGAAGAAAUGCUAUAACUAACCAAUAGGAGAAUUUUUGAAAUAAUAAUUGUAAUUUUGCCCCAAUUGCCUCGAUUCUCGGCGCGCUAAAGUUUUCAGAUCAUCGUGAAGAAAAAGUGUUAAAAAUUAGAAAAAAAGCGAGAAAUGAAUUUUAUGUUCAUGUUACGAAAAAAGAUAUACUGGUUACACAACCGGUCGGAAAAAUAUGGCCCUUUCCGAUUAUAGUCAUUAAAAUGCACGUAGAACUAAGCUCAGCGCUCGUGGUGGAAAAAGUUAAAAUCGUUUACAUAGUUAUCACUAUUCACGACAUGGCUUAUUGGCUUAUGAGAUAUUUAAGGUAUAUCUUAAAUCGUAGUCGUGAGAUAAAUUUCAAAAAUUGAAAAACUUGAAAUUAUUGAUUAGUUACUUUUUACCAUGGUUUACGGUUUUAGAUAAUAUAGUGCUAGUUACCUAUAUUAAUUUAUGUACGUUACUACAAUGUUCUUGAACAUUAUUGUAUAUUAGUUGGGUAACUUAUACCAGAUUUGCAGCAAAUGUUUUGUAAAAUCGUUUGUUAUUUGCAUAAAAUAUAACCUAUACAUUUUAUUCAUUUCU